AAGAUGAAGGCGGCUGGAGGCGGGCUAGGCCGGGACCGAGACUUCGGUGGGAAGGGAGGCCGGUGAAGGAGCGGGAGCAGGAGGAGGAGGAGGAGUCGCAGGCCUGGGCCUAAGGGCUGGUGGCUGGCCAGGAGCGUCCAAUCCAGGGUGGUGCUGCAGCCCCAUGGCAGCCCCGCCUUUGCCCGCCUCUUUGGACCCUCCGAGGUACCGAGUCUUUCCUCCGCGGGCAACGCAGCGGACGGUGCCGGCUCCCCUCUGACUCGCCCGCGCCUGAUUUACACGGGGAAGGUAGAAACAACUUAGUUUGCAAGAUAAACUGGUGUUAAGGAAGAAGAAGCGAAAGGAAACAGCCUCCAUAUUUGGGCUGCUUUCACUCAUCAGCUCCUGUGAAUAAAUCUCAACUAUCCUCACUCCUGCCCAAAGAAGAAGAUGCCUGUGAUAUCCGAUCAGCUCCAGAUGAAUGAAACAAGGGGAGCCAUGGCAACCACAAAUCCUCUGGAGACCCUCCAAGUGGAAGCCAGCUGCUCCGUCUGUCUGGAGUACCUGAAAGACCCUGUCAUCAUCGACUGUGGCCACAACUUCUGCCGGGUGUGCAUCACCCGCUGGUGGGAGGAUUUGAACCGAGACUUCCCUUGCCCCGUGUGCCGCAAGACCUUCCGCCACCGCUCUCUGAAGCCCAACCGGCAGCUCGGCAACAUGGUCGAGAUUGCCAAGCAACUCCAGGUCACCAAUAAGCGAAAGAUACGGGAUGAGGACUUGUGCGAGAAGCACAAUGAAGUGCUUCGCCUCUUCUGUAAGGAAGACCAGGAGGCCGUUUGCUUAGCGUGCGAGAUCUCCCACGAACACCGUUCCCACACAGUUGUGUCCUUGGAUGAUGCCUCACAGGAGUACAAGGAAAAGAUGCAGAAAUGUUUGGAGCCAUUGGAAAAGAAAUUGCAAGAGAUCGCCCACUGCAAAUCCCGAGAAGAAAAAAAGGCUGGGGAACUCAAGCGGAAGGUGGAGGACCGUCGUCAGCUCAUCAUUAAUGAAUUUGAGGAGCUGCACCUAUUUCUAGCAGACGAGCAGGACAUACUAAUGCAACGCCUAGAAAACGAGGAGAAGGAGAUUUUACAGAAGUUGAAGGAGAAUGUGACGGAGCUGUCAGAACAACGGAUGGCCCUCAACAGCCUUAUCACAGAAAUCGAAGAAAAAUGUUUGCAGUCGGGCAUGGACAUGCUCCAGGACGUGAGGAGCACAUUUGAGAGGAGAUUUGACCCUCGACACGGAAACAGCUCACCCCAACUUAGUGGUCUCCGAGGACCGCAAGAGCGUCAAGUUUGUGGAGCAGCGCUUGCGAGAUCUGUCCGAUAGCCCGAAACGUUUUACAAUCUAUCCUUGUGUGCUGGCCACAGUAGGUUUUACUUCAGGCCGUCACUACUGGGAAGUAGAGGUGGGGGAAAAGACUCAUUGGGCCCUGGGGGUUUGUAAGAACUCGGUAAGCCGUAAAGGGGAGACAACCUCUCUCCCGGAGACUGGCUAUUGGCGGGUACGGCUACUCAAUGGAGACAAAUACGCGGCUACCACAAACCCCUUUACUCCGCUGCACAUCAGUGUCAAGCCUAAGCGAGUGGGCAUCUUCCUGGACUACGAGGCAGGCAAACUCUCCUUCUACAACGUGACGGACCGUUCCCAUAUGUACACUUUUACCGACAUUUUUACCGAGAAACUUUGGCCUUUCUUCUACCCAGGAAUCCGGGCCGGGCGCAAGAACGCAGCCCCCCUAACCCUUCGUCCGCCCACGGACUGGGAAUAAGCAAAUGACCAAAAUCCCCAUCUUCCUUUGCUACGCUUAGCCCUCGAAUUAUGUAGAAAGAGUUUUUUUUUCCAACUCAGCUUCUCCGUGGGAAAGAGAUCAGGAUAUCAGUGGCCUGCCUACUAAGAAGAUACACCGUCCCCAGCCAGAAGAAGCAAAGGAUCACAGAAGGGAAGGGUUUUCACACCUAACGUUUAAUGCUAGGAAAGGUUUGGAGAAGGCAGACCUUCGUUAAGGGGCAACAAAGACCUUGUCCUUUUCUGUAAUCUUACAACUUCAGUUUCUGAAAUUUUGGAUUGCAGUUAAAUCUGGGGGAAGAAAACCUUUGAAGCUUAGUCUAGUAUUUGGCAACGAGCCACUUAGGAUUGCAUUGGCAGUGGGCAAAGCUGAUCAAAUGUGGGAAAGGUAGCUGUUUUCUGUGCACUGUAGAGGGAGGGGAAUCUCCCCUUGAAGGGGUUACAAAGAUGUUUUUAACGUUGGCUUGUAUAAAUGUUGGAAAUUAUUUUAACAGCCUGUUUUUACCGGCAAGUCCGAGUGGAUGCAGGAUAGGAGGAAGCUAUAGUGCAUAGUGAGGAUGCUAUAAACCAAGGAAACUUGAGGCCAUCGUUCACUCCAAGCUGAUUCUUCAAAGCUACCAAUUAGUCGCUGAAGCUUUGUUGUUCGCUUGUGACUGCAACCAAGUGGCAGAGGCAGCCUCUUGACGGGGAAAAGUUGAGUUAAUCAUGAUGUUGAUUUAGCUACCGAAGGAAUGGCUUUCUGGUGGUGUCGUUGGACGGGUGUGUUUCUCGAGUCGAAUGCUUUGCAAUGGCAUUGGAAGGGCUAGUGCACAACCUCUCCCAGCUCAUAGAUUUUUGAUAUUUCAGCUACGUAACCUCAGAGCUAAGUUGAGUGUUGAGCAUCUUACCCGGAUGGUGAGGCAAAUGGCUUAUGGCAUUUGCCUAGUCAGGGAAACUCCAGAUUCAAAAAAGAAAAAAAAAAAACACAGGGAUCAGAAGUCAAAUAUAGUCACUUUCAAUGGCAUUUGAAUGUCUUCCAAUGACUUCGCCACAAAUAUAAUCUCCUGUCCUGUGCUAUCUUUGGUAUAAUCUCUAGCGCCCAUUGACAGGUACCACUGAGCCAAAGUAGGCAUUUUCAGUGUAAAACUUCCCACCGACCUCCCCCCCCCCCCCCCCCCCCCCCCAAUCAAACGCAUCUCUCUUCAGGGGAUGAACAUUGGACAGAAGCCAAAAACUCUUUGCACAUUCAGAGUCCAGGUAAAUUGGGAUGCCUGUGCAGUGAUGUGCCAUCACCCUGCUGGCCACAGGAUCCAUGUUCAUUGCUCUCAAAAUAGUCUUUUCUAAUUUAUUGCCCACUGUGUUUGUUAGGGGAACAGCUUAUGUGAUUCCCAUGUAACAUGACCAAUGCUUGUACAUCAUGGAAAAUUUAAUCCCAAUAUACCCAGCAGCAACAGUGGAAGGCUAUCUACUUUUGAAAGAAAGCCUGUCUUGCUUUGGGCAAAAAAAAAAAAAAUACAGACGGGAAAAGAUAACAGCAGAUAUGUGGUUAAACGGCUUGCAAAAUAACUGCAGUGGAAAAUAUGUGCCUCUGUGUGUACCUAAUUCUCUUCCCCGCUCCUUUGACCAAAUUUUUAAAAAACACCAUAACAAAAAUAAUACAGUCUCUUGAUAAAGGAGCCUCAUUUGCCUUGAUUUUAGCCUUCAAGGUUUUGUUUUAGGGGGGAAAAAAUCCAAAUGAAAAAACUGAAGGGGAAAAAACAAAGGUCCUUAGACCAGUUCUCAAUGUUUGCAAUUAGAUUUCUCUUUCAAAUUCUACAUGAAAUUCUGAGUACCCCCCCAAAGAGAGACAUCUGUAGGAUAGAAGGUGCUGAGGUGAGCAAGACCAGGCGCACCUUACUUGCUUCUGGGAGAGCUGGUAGUGACCUUUCUGAGCUUCAGCAGCAUAUGUGAGUUAAGUCUGAACAUUUUGGAAAAAAUCUGCCUUUUCCAGGCAAUUGUUACAUGGAAAAAAAAUUUGCUUGGUAGUCAAGGAUUAGGUAAAAAGGCAAAGGUUUCUCCUUUCAGUUGUGUCUAGGCGAUGUUACUCAUCUCCGUUUCUUGGCCAAAGAAGCCAGCAUUGUCCGAAGACAUUUUCUGUGGUUCUGUAGCCAGCAUAGCUAUACACCAAAGGCGCACAGAACCCUGUUACCUUCCCCCUGAAGUGGUACCUAUUUAUCUACUUGCUUUUACAUGCUUUCGAGCUGCUACGUGGGCAGGAGCUGGGGCAAGGAACAAGAGCUCCUUCUUGAGGCGCUCAGGUCUCGAACUCGGGCUGUGAGCUUUCCAGCUUACAAGCUCUGUGUCUUUAUCCCUGUGUGCCAUCACGGAUUUAAGAGUGAAUGAAAUAAGAGCGUCCCCACAUGGAGCUUUCCUGAAUAGCUGAAGGAGUUGGCAGUUCAGAAGCGACGGCCAUAUUUUGAAUACUGCUUUCUGAGCUUGGUUGUGUGCAGAUAUUCCAUUGUCCAAUUGGAUAAUAUCAUCAAGUGCUGUACUGAACGUGAAAAUUCUUGAGUGUCAGAAAAUAUUACUACCGGAACCUUUCAGUUUAUCCAGUCUCAAAUUAGUAUUUGGCUGAUUGGACUCAAAACAAUCAAAGUGUUGUUUUGAUGGCUCCCAUAUAAACGUCGUUGUCCAUCUGGGAAUUGAGAAUUAGACAGACCUGAUGAAUUUAAUUUGCUUUGCCUUCUAAAGCUAUUGUAUGUACGUAUGCACAUGCAUGAAUGCAAAAGUCGGUAAGGUGGAGCUUUGAAUAUGACUGUACUGGCAGUUCUCCAGCAACCCACAGCUUAAUGCAAAAUAUCAGAUUGUGGCUUUAACAUUAUUAAUAAAAAAAUAAUUGUUUUAA